CAACGCUGCUCCGAGGCGCUGAGCAGCGAGGCUGCCGCCGGCGCCCCGGACGCGGUCGCCCUGGCGCCCGCGGUGCUGGAGGCCCUCUCGCGGACGCCGCGCUUCGAGACGAGCGCGCGCUGCCUCUCGGCCGCGGAGCGGCGGGCGUGCGCGGGCCUCCUCGAGCGGCUGGGGGCCGCGGGCGCAUGCGACGAGGCUCAGCUGGAGCGCCUCCGCGCCGCCUUCCAGCCGCCCGUCCGGCGCCAGGCCGCCCCGGCCGAGGACUCGGACGACGCCGCGGAGGCGGAGGCGGCGGGCGGCGCGGCGGCGGCGCCGCCGGCGCUGGACUUCUCGCUGGACGGGUGCGACUGAGGGCGCCGCGGCCCGAGAGCCUCGGGGGGACGCAGCGGGGCCUGGAGGAG